ACAUGGUCGGAAAGAGAACUACGCGAAGUCGCACGUUAUUGACUAUAAUUCAACUGAUACUCUAUUUUGGUCGAGAAACAGUCCUAAGCACCCGUUUCUCACAGUUAAUUUCUCCGGAACGGCAGAACUGAGUGUGGUGGUUUUGGUCGGGUAAACCCGAGUGGUCAAGGAUUUGGGACUCGAUUUCGUCGUUUGAAGGCCUACGUGGGAAAACGGAGCUUGGUUGUGUGCUCUACAGUCCCAGCGAAUGUGUCUUCUCUCAUUGGCUGCAAGUUUCUCAGUAUUCCUCGGGGCUGGUGAUGGAUUAAAUUUGUCUCUCUUUCAGUUUUUUUGGGGAGUGGACGCUGGCUUUGCUGGUCCUCGUUGAUCCUCGUUGUCACUUUUGUUUUUUACAAGGGUGAUAUUGCAUAUACAGCACCAGGAAAUAUGCUGUAUACAUUGUUUUGUUUUGUGUUUUUUUGUCAUGAAAGCAUGUGUGGAGCAGAGCAAUCAACACAUUACAGCAUUUGAGAUCAAGGACUUUGGUGACUCUGUGAAUCAGUUUCAUUUUCUGCUUGUUAAAGAUCUUAAACUUACCAGCUCAUUAAGCUGAAUCUUGUAUGUGUUUUCACAAACAAUCAGUUGGGGUCUGAAGUCUGAUGACUGCUGAAUGAUGGGAUUUUUGUCUGGAAAGAUUUUGUGAUGACUGUUGUGAUGCCAAACGGCAGGGCACACAAAGAAGAUGCAGGGUGGCAUUUUCUUAGAACUGGUCACUGAUGAAUUGUCUGCAGGCUCUUGGAUUCUGGUGCUGUUGUUUGUGCUUCAGUAUGGCAGUCGUCAUCCGUUUGCAGGGACUGAGUAUUACAGCGGGCACUGAGGAUAUUCGCAAGUUCUUCACUGGCCUCAGAAUUCCAGAUGGAGGGGUGCAUAUUAUUGGUGGGGAGCGAGAGGAAGCGUUCAUUAUCUUUGCUUCUGAUGAAGAUGCAAGAAGAGCCAUGACACGGUCACAGGGUUGCAUAAAGGGUUCAACUGUGACAUUGCUACUAAGUAGUAAAACAGAAAUGCAGAAUGUGCUUGAGAGAAGCACAAAAAAUGCAGAGUUGGAUCAAAAAAGACGCCUUGAAGAUAACUCGAGACGUGCUGGAAGAUCAGUGGAUCCUGAGGUGAGCAGGAGAUCACUUAGCAGAUCGGAUCAUUCUCCCCCCCUCCAGCCCCAGGGGGCUUCAGGCAGUAAUGAGGACUUGUAUUUGUUUUUAAAAGGACUGCCUUUCUCUGUGACAGAGCAGGAAGUCCACGAAUUCUUCAGUGGACUAGCUGUUGAUGCUGUUAUCUUGUUUAAAACUGCAUAUGGUGCAAAGAAUGGGAAAGGUAUUGUCAAAUUUGUCACAAGUCAGGAUACUUAUGAAGGCCUGAAGAGGCAUAAGAAAUACAUAGGGUCAAGGUAUGUGGAGCUGUCCCUCACAACGGCAGAUGACUGGCGUCGGGCUGGUGGUAACUUGCCAAUGGCUGGCAACACCGCUAAGGACUUUGUAAGGGAGAGAUCCCCAAUUCGGUAUCAGAGAAACCCACAGCAUCAUGCCAGGUCCCAAUCACCAAAGGUUUCUACUGAUGAUGAGUACUGUGUUUUGUUGGAAAAUCUGUCCUUUGCGGUUGAAAAAGAGGACAUUAAAAAGCUCUUCUGCAAUGCAAAUCUUGAGGAUGGCCAGAUCCUACACCUUCUUGGCAGUGAUGGGAGAAGAACAAGAUCCACAUUUGUUCUGUUCAGGAGUCUGCGAGACUAUUGUGAUGCCUUAUCUAAUGAAAAAAGGAUGUUCAAAAACCGAUGGGUUUAUACUCGCCCAAUCUCAAGAGAGAAAAUGAUCACACUUCUGGAAUCUCAGGGAGUGGAUGACUCUGAAAAGAUUCAACAGAGGCCUCGAUCUUACCCAAGUGAUGCUUAUGACUCUGAGAAGUGUUGCCUGCUUGUGCGGAACCUGCCAUUUGAUGUGCGGAAAGUUGAGAUUAUGGACUUCUUCCUUGGGUUUGAUGUCACUGAAGACAGGGUGUUUAUAAUGAGGGACCAUAAUGAGGAUGGGGUUGGGAAGGCUUUGGUUCUUCUCCAGUCUGAGGCAGAGGCUAUGAGUGCUCUUUCACUUGAUGGACAAAGGUUUCUGGGGUCAGAAGUAAUCCUGAAAUGCAUUUCACGGUCUCAGAUGCAGCAGUUGGGUUAUCAGCCAUCAGUGAUGCGAGAGCAAAUGAUGCAAAAUCCACAGCCAAGAGAGGAGCAGUACUCGGGUAGGAGUAGUAUGGCAUCCUAUCGUCCCCUUGACGUUGAGUACCCCAACUUCAGGGGUCCUUCUGAUGGUGAUCUACAAAUGGCUUAUGCACCAGCUCAAGUCCAAGGUGGCAGCCAUUAUGAGUCCUAUGCAGUGGGCCCGCCGGGUCCACAAGACAGUGGAAAUGGCUUUCGGGGCGGCUUUGAUGCCCCAGUGCAGAGUUUUGAUGGUCCCACCUGUGUACAGCUACUUAACUUGCCAUUCCAAAUCAAAAGGGAAGAAAUCUAUGACUUUUGCUAUGGUUAUCAGAUUAUCCCUGGAUCUGUCUCACUGCAGUAUGAUCCAAGUGGAAGACCCAAAGGCUCUGCAACUGCGGUGUUCGAGUCCCGUCAGGAGGCCCUAAGAGCGAUUGAUGAGCUGAGUGGAAGACCCAUUGGUCCAAGAAGAAUUCAGCUAGUUCUUGUGUAAAAGUGACAGUGUUGUUAUUCAGGAAACCUUGAAUUACCCCAGCAGUGUGCCUGACAUUUACUCUGUUGAUGAAGGUGAUAUUGAUUAAAGGAAAGCAACUACCCUUUUUCUUGUUUUGGUUGAUCUGGCAUGGCUUUACUGGAUUUUGAAUGUUGUAAAUUUAGCUGCCGUAAAUAUUUUUUAUUUUCUAAGCGCAAUUGUUAAGAAAUGUGUGAGAUAAAUGUAGUCUGCUGAGUUCUUCUUUACACUGAAAUGUGAGAUUUGAUUGUCCCACAGUUUUUUGUUCAACAGUGUGAAUGUGUUUGAUUUUUUGGUUGUUUUGAUUAUUGACGUUUUUAUAAAAACAUACCAUUAGAAAUGUGAGUUUUUCUUCACACAUCUGACACUUAGUGCCAACAAACUUUGUUCUGACUUUCACUUGAAUGUUUUAAGAGUGCAAUUAAUAAAAACAGAACAACUGCA